CCGCCGGAGAAGCGCGCACCCGUGUUUGGCAAGGUGGAGCAGCUGAGGCCCGACACCUCUGGUCAUAAUCUGGUAGUGAAGGUGGUGGACUCCAAGGUGGUGGUAGACAAGCCAGCUCGAGGGCCGCUGAAGCCGCAAAAGGUGGCGGAGUGCACUGUCGGCGACGAGACCGGCACCAUCCUGCUCACCGCCCGCAACGAGCAGGUGGAGCUGAUGAAGCCUGGCAGCUACGUGACGCUGCGCAACGCCAAGAUCGACAUGUUCCGCGGCAGCAUGCGCCUGGCAGUCAACCAGUGGGGCAAGAUGGAGGCGGCCAGCGGGCACAGCUUCACGCCCAAGGCAGAUUUCAACCUGAGCCUGGUGGAGUAUGAGCUGGUGCCGGUGAGGCAGGAG